AAACGGUAUCUGACUGGUCAUAGCUUUAUCACUAGAGGAAAAGUGGUGCUUAACUUCACUGUCCAUAGUGUCAACGGCGGCCAUGUUCUUAUGUUUCCAAAGACUUUAACAUCAUUUCCUCUGCUUCUACCAAGUGACGCUCUGGAGGGGGCGGGAUAACAGUUUUCAGCCGCCAUUUGAGAGACACGUCCAGAAAUACAGGAAUACAGAGGACCCAGCUGAUAAUUCAGCUUGAUGAUGAAUGGGCCAGAGGAGAAAAAGUAGAGCCAGCUGUCAGCAGAGAUGGAAGUAUAAAUGACUGUGUGAGCUUUACAGAGGCAGUUGGGUUGAGUGUUGAACUGCGAGGAAUCUUGACUAGAAAUCACGUGACAAUGGGAUGCCUCCUGUAUAAAUCACUGAUCACUGAGGAUGGACAAGGACAGGAGUCACAUAAAUGAAAGGAUAUUAAAGCUUACCCUUGAGAUCAUCUACCUGCUGACUGGGGAGGAUUACACAGUAGUGAAGAAGACGUCUUCUAAGUAUAUAACCUCCAGUAGCCAUCCCAGUGAGUCAAGAGGACUGAGCAGGACCUGGAGCCCCAUCACUGUGCCUCCACCUCACUCACUGAUACACGAGAGAGACAAUGAGCAGAAGAUCCUAGAACUCACCAAGAAGAUCAUUCAGCUGCUGACUGGAGAGGUUCCUAUAAGGUGUCAGGAUGUCAUUGGCUGUCUCUCCAUGCAGGAGGGAGAGUAUUUAAAAGAACACAAGGGUCUGUACAAGGACAUCAUGAUGGAGAAUUACUGGCAUCUCACAUCACUGGAUGGACCCAGUAACACAAAUACCCCAGAGAGAUGUCCCCGUCCUCUUUAUUCACAGGACUGUGCAGCUGUAAACUCCAAUAUCCCACAGGAGUAUCAGGCUCAAGACAUGACUAGUCUUAAGUUAGAAGAGGGAGAAGAAGAGACGUAUGUGAGGGGUUAUCAGCAGUGUAAGGAGGAGGAAAUCCCUACAGAUAUCAGCACAGAUGUACCCAGUAACAGAGAUACCCCAGAGAGAUGUCCCCGUCCUCUAUAUACACAGGACUGUACAGAAGAGAAUCACAGGACCCCACAGGAUGAUCGGGGUGUACAUCUGACUAAUGUUAAGGUAGAAGAUAUAGAGGGAGAAGAGGAGACGUAUGUGAGAGGUGAUCAGCAGUGUAAGGAGGAGGAAAUCCCUACAGAUAUCAGCACAGAUGGACCCAGUAACAGAGAUACCGCAGAGAGAUGUCCCCGUCCUCUUUAUUCCCAGGACUGUACAGAGGAGAAUCAUUGGAUUCCACAGGAAGAUCAGGGUGAUGACCUGACUGAUAUCAAUAUAAAAUAUAUAAAGAGAGAAGAAGAGACGUAUGUGUGGGGUGACCAGCAGUGUAAGGAGGAGGAAAUCCUUACAGAUACCAACACAGAUGGGCGCACAAACAGGAAUAUCUCUGAUGAAAUUCUUAUUUUAUCUCCAGAUGUUAAGAAAGAAGAUAGAAACAGCACACAAGGUUCUGCAGGAGAAAAUCAAAUCACUCUAAAUACACAUCCAGUACAUCAGAGUGCAGAUAGAUCAUCUGAUCCCUCUAAUCAUGAGAAAUGUUCUCCUGGUAACUCCGAUUUUGCUGGACAUAGUACAGCUCAUAAUGAUGAUAAAUUAUUUUCUUGUUCUGUAUGUAGCAAGAGUUUUAUACAUCAGUCUGCCUUGGUUAGACAUCAGAAAACUCACACAGCUGGGAAACCAUUUCAAUGUCCUGAGUGUGGGAAAUGUUUUACAAAGAGAUAUAUUCUUGUUAGACAUCAGAGGCUUCACACAGGCGAGAAGUUAUUUUCAUGCUCUCAGUGUGGAAAAUGUUUUACAAGUAAAUCUAUUCUUAUUACACAUCAGAAAUUUCACACAGGGGAGAAACCGUUUCCGUGCUCUGAUUGUGGGAAAUGUUUUGCACGGAAAUCAAAUCUCAUUGAACAUCAGACACUUCACACAGGUGUGACACCUUUUCCAUGCUCUGAGUGCGGGAAAUAUUUUACACGGAAAUCAAAUCUCGUUGAACAUCAGAGACUUCACACAGGUGAGAAACCAUUUCCAUGCUCCGAGUGUGGCAAAUGCUUUACUUAUAAAUCAAGUCUUGUGGAACAUCAGAGAACGCACACGGGUGAGAAACCGUUUCCAUGUUCUGAGUGUGGAAAAUGUUUUACAUAUAGAUCAGCUCUUGCUAUACAUCAAAGAAGUCACGCAGUGGAGAAUCAGUUUCCGUGUUCUGAGUGUGGGAAAGGUUUCACACAGAAUUCAGAUCUUGCUAAACAUCAGAGACUCCACACAGGUGAGAAACCAUUUGAAUGCUCUGAGUGUGGUAAAUGCUUUACAUAUGAAUCACGUCUAAUUCUACAUCAGAGCAUUCACGCACCUGAGAAACAAUUUCCAUGUUCUGAGUGUGGGAAAAAAUUUACACAAAAAACAGAUCUUGUUGAACACCAAAGAGUUCACACAGGUGAGAAACCCUUUCUGUGCUCGGAGUGUGGGAAAUGCUUUACAUAUAAAUCAAGUCUUAUAGAACAUCACAGAACUCACACAGGUGAGAAGCCAUUUGCAUGCUCCGAGUGUGACAAAUGUUUCACGUGGAAAUCAAAUCUUGUUGAACAUCAGAGACUUCACACAGGAGAGAAGCCAUUUCCAUGUACUGAGUGUGGGAAAUGUUUUGCGCAUAAAUUAGCUCUCAUUGUACAUCGGAGACGUCACACGGGUGAGAAACCAUUUUCAUGUCCUGUGUGUGGCAGAUGUUUUGCUCAUAAAUCCCAUCUUACUGAACAUCGUAUUACUCACACAGGUGAGAAACCGUUUCCAUGUUCUGAGUGUGCGCAAUGUUUUACACGCAAGUCAUCUCUUGUUAAGCAUCUGAGACUCCACACAGGUGAGAAACCAUUCCCAUGCGCAGAGUGUGGGAAAUGCUUUACAUAUAAAGCAAGUCUUAUGGAACAUCAGAGAAUUCACACAGGUGAAAAACCGUUCUCAUGUUCUGAGUGUGGGACCAGUUUCACAUAUAGAUCAGCUCUGGUUACACAUCAGAGAACUUGCACAGUUGAGAAACAAUUUCCAUGUAAGUGACUUGGGACGGUUAUGAUGGGCAUUCUAAGAUUUCCUAUCGACGUGUGCUGAGGUCUGAGUGGCAAGCAGGGGAGUUUUUACUGUACCUGUGGGAUCUGAGGUCUUGUGGAUGCAGUUUAUGGCAACUAGGAUACUCUGGAGCAAAUUAGUGGAAUUUUGGAUGGAAUAAUGUGAGCAUGCAGAGGUCAUUUUGAGACGGUGGUUUCAUUUUUUUGUAAAUCAUGGUUAAUUUGUGGCCCUUUUAAGGUUAAAGGGCCGCACAAUGCAGUUCUUGAAGUAUAUCAAAUUGCCUGUCAUAGUGUCAAACUGAAGAAAGUUAAUGAUAAAAAUUAGUAACUUAAUGGUUAAAAAAAAAAAUUAUAUCUAUUAGACUGAUUGUGAAAUGUUCAAAAUGGAACAAUAAAAUGCAAAUAAUGAAAAGUGAAAGCAGAAAUGGGUACAAGACUGAAGGCAAGUGUAGUACAAAUGAACCUUUAGAAAAGCUGUAUGUGGGUUACGUCCAGUGCAUUGUAAGGUGAAGACGGAAACAGUAGAUUAGUGUGUGAGCCACUAAGUCUUAUGAGAGGAUGAAAAUACUGUUUGAAGGAACAAGGUAAGAGGAGGGCAAACUUGAAGCAAUGAAACGCGUAAUAAUAUGGCGUGCACAUGUGAUAGAUAUAUAUAUAUAUAUAUACAUACAGUAUGGAUCUCUCUGUUGCAAUUCUUGUUACUUAGAAGUGAAACCAGUCUGUAUUGAACAGGAGUUAAAAAAAAAAAAAAAGGUGAAUGAGAUAAUAGGAGCUGAAAGUGAAAGAGGGAAAUGUAUUUAAGUGCUUUCUACAGUAUUUUCUGGCUGCACAUUGCUUCAUUUUUGCAACUGAUAUGUAAUGAUUUGAAUAUGUUGAUAGGUUUCUUCAUCCUUUAUAUAUUGGGAUUAGAACAGGGCUAUUUAUCCUUCUGAGGAACAUGCAAGUCUGUACUGAAACGCGUCAAGGUCCCUUAACUUGUUCACACUGUUGCAGCAAAGGCUUUUCUUCAUCUAACAUCAAGAAUUACCACCACCCAGACUCACCGUUACUGAUUUAACAUGGGACAGUAAAAACUGACUGUAUCGGAUAAUCCAGCUAUUAGUGCAAUAGGAUGUGUUAAACAGCACAGCUUUGCAGUCAACCUCUUCCUGGACAUUAAAGGAUCUUUUACGUGUUCACUGCCAUAGACAUGUUUCUCUACAUAUGAUCUCUAAUGAUAGACAUUUUGUUCCAUAGAAGCUGUGAUUUCAUUUAAGAGCCUCCUGAUUUUAUGACUCUUUAAUUCCCUCUUAGCUGCUAACAGAUUCACAGAAGUCUCUUUAUUAUGUUGAUUUUUUUUUCUUUUA